AUUAUUAAUCAAUCCGUCGUGGAUGAGUGUUGGCGAUUUACAUAGCGCAGAUUUUGCAUUAAUUUAUUCUGAUUUUGUCAAAAUUCUAAAAUGAAAUCGGAUUUUGUGUCGAUCAAGUUACCACCACCGACGUUAACAAGUACGAAAAGGAAAGAAAAGUUGAUAUUUCCAUUCUGGUUUCAGAUCGUGUUUAUAACUAGCAUAGUCCUAUUUACUGUUCUUCUAAUUCAUCAUGAAGUCGAGCUAUCGAGAUGCACCGGUCAUGAGGACCGUAUUACUGAACUGGAGGCUCGAGUGUUGGAAUUAAUGAAUUCGAUAAGUUUGAAAAGCCAAAACGAUGUGUUGGAUGGAGGCCCUGAAAAUUUGAAUAUCCCAUCAUCGCUUGAAUCCGAUGGAAAUGUGCGAUUCAAAAGAGAAAAUACUCCUCCCAUCCGGCAACAAAGUUAUUUCAGGGAGGCAGAUUUCUUAUCUAGAGUGACGCUUCCUCCCAUCGAUGGCUACCAAUUUCACGAAGAGAGAUAUGACGGAGGUCGUGCCAACGACGGUCCCAUAACUCAUACGAGAACGUACCACAGCAGCAGUCGAUCGAAUCGUAACAUGGAAUUAGUUCAAGAACCGACAUCCUACGAGGACCAAGACUUGGGCGGUGCGUCAUCAGUGGGAGGUGCGUCAUCUCGCGGAGGAAGCAACGGAUACCGGUCACAUUCUUCUUCGUCAAGUCAACGAAGAGGGUAUGAACCAGAAGUUGGAGAAAGUUCAAGUAUCGAGGAUAACAAUGGUGCCAGUGGAAGUAUUGGAACGCUGGGAGGAUGCACCACUUGUGCGGGCGCUGGAGGAAGUACAGGGGUACAAACGACCUACACUCGAACCAGCACCAUAACCCAUCCACGUGUCGAAACUGUCCACUAUUCUCGCCAUGGCGGCUCCUCCUCCACGAAUUUAGGCGCUCACCAAGGCUACGAAAGUGAAAGCGGGUCCAGCGAGUUGAACAUUGGGGCGCAAUCCAACCGCCAAAACCAGAAUAUGCCUGCGUUAGCUGGAAUCCUUCACAAUCCGAGAAAUGUCUUCAGAACAUCCGGAAUCGAUUUGGGCCUUGGGAAAACAUUCACGAGUGGGAUGCGGGCAGCUGGAUGUGGAAAUACGACGACGACAACGACGACACGACGGGGUAAUUUGGCCGGGACGGUGGCGCCAUGCCUGCAAUCGUACAAUUAUACGGAGGUUAGAGAAUAUAGCAUACCAGUUCCGGCGGGAGAUUACAGCGGGACAAGGCGCCAAGGAGGACAGAUUGAUGUCGUGGAAGAAACCAGUAGAUCAUCCUCCGGAUCUGGAAGUAUCACUCGGGAACAUCACCCUCCCAUGCGGGUCAUUGUAGAAGGCUCUCCAACAACCCGGCAAAGAAGUCAAGGAGGAGGUCACGUCACCAGUUCGGGUCAAACUGAGUACAGGGAAUUUCAUUUCCGCGGCUCUGGAAAUACGGAUUACGAGUACACCACACUGAGGGAGGUUCCUACUACGACUACUACGACGACGACCCCCAGAACCACCACUACUACUCAUCAACCCUACGACGAACGGAUGGGGGCUUCCGCGACAAACUACCGCGGUCAUACGAGCUACAGGACGUACGAGUCAAAUUAUGACAACAGGGCGGGAACUUAUGGGGGUGGGUAUAGCAGGGACGUCGUCAUACCCACAACUACGACGACACAACAACCCUACGAUGAAAGGAUUCGCUAUCCAGCCAGCAAUUAUUACCCGAGGCAGGAGAUUAUAGUUCCACAACCAAUAUCUGUUACUGGGUACAAAAGUACUUGCCGUGGUCCGAAACCCUUGGCGGGACAUUACCUGGCUGGUGGGACGGGACGUUUGACCUCGGCAGAUGGCGUGUUCAAAGAAUGGGUGGCGGCUGACUGGAUGACGACGACUUCCAUUUACACCGAAGAUUACUCUCGAAGCGAUAGUUUCAUUGGUGUCUCGACCGUUACGGGAGCAUUUACAGUGAAGAAGGCUGGGGUUUACUUUAUCUAUGCGCAGAUAAGCUCGGAUGACAUUAAUGGAUUCAAUGUGGAAGUUAAUUCCGCUCCAUUCUUAAAGUGUAGAACGACUCCUGCCCUAGCAGGUCCUUGUUACGUUGCAGGACUCCGUUUUCUGGAUGCCGAUGACCAACUUGUAAUCCGGGCGGUGGACAUUGUCAGAGUUUCUAGUUUUAAUACGGAUAUGACAUAUUUUGGAAUAAUGAAUGUUGGUGGAGUUUGCUCUUAAGAUAUAUACUAUGUAAUUUUAAGUUUUGAUGCAGAAUUAUCUAAGGGAACCAGUAUGAGGACAUUUGUAGAUAGGUAUGUGUGAAUGAUUUAACUGCAGUUGGCAAAAAAUAUGUAAUUUAUUAAUCACAUGAAAGAAAAAUAAAUGAGAAAAUUAUUAAAAUA